UGCACUGUGCCCCAGGGCACUGGCUAGGCAGGUUCGGCCGCCUGCCUCCUCUUGAGGAGGUACCACCCCUGGGAUAAGCCUCUAAAGCUGAGCACCUGCAUCCUCAAAGCCACAGCAACACGGGGCCGGUGGUUUGCCAGCGCUGGGUGAAUUGGAGGCAGGGCUCAGCUUCCAGCCCUUAGCUCCACAUUGUGAAGAAUAGUCACUGGGUAGAAGACAGGGCAAGUGAGCCUAGAGGUGACCCCGGGCAGAGCAAGGAGGCAAUACAGCCCCUACCACUCUGACCUUGUCUUUCCAUGCCUGGACACUAGCAUGUAGGAAGCCAACCCAGGACACAGUCCUCUUGGGCUGACCCUGACACCAAAGGUUGAGUUCCUACCAACUCAACAGUGUGCUUCAAAACACUGCCCCUCCAGGGCCUCGGUUUCUCCCCUGCAAAUGAGACCGUUAAUGCCUUCAGAUGCAUCCACAGCUUCACGCCUUUAGGGCACUGUAACGCAGGCUGUGGGUGCAGGUGGGUCUGACUUGAACACUGAUUUGGCCUCGACUUGGCCAGUUAUUUAACUUCUUCGUGCCUGGGUUUAUUAACAUGUAACAUCUAUGCUCAUCUCCAGGAUCACUUGUGAAAACUGGAGAUGCUCCGGCGGAUUUGCUCAACACAGAGGCACACAGUAAGUGAUUUUAUCAUCUUAAGGAUCCUGUAACCACGGAAUACCGUAGUGUUUCGGGAAAUGCACAGGUUUCUGAUAGAGAAAUGCGAAAGAGUUGUGUCUGUCACUAGGUCACAAGCCAAGAAAGAGGCAAACCCAAGGAAGGGUCUGGAGAAACAUCCAUCCCAUCCCUCUUCCCUUAGUCAUGGUAGAAUAGGGAGAGGGCUCUAAAGCCAGGAAGUGGGGUUCCAGCCCAAAGGAACCGAUUGCUGCCUGAGUCCUAGUGUUUGCAGCCCCUUUCGAGAGAGGGUGUGGGGUGGGGGCGAGGAAGAUGCCGCCAGAGGCCAGGAACCCGGUCUCCCCGGGCUAGGUCUGAUGUGUCCCUGGCCGGCAGGCGUGCCGGAGCAGCGCUGGUCCAUGCAGGUGCCCUCCGAGGUGAGCGCGGAGGCAGGCGACGCGGCGAUGCUGCCCUGUACCUUCACGCACCCGCACCGCCACUACGACGGGCCGCUGACUGCCAUCUGGCGCGCGGGCGAGCCGUAUGCGGGCCCGCAGGUGUUCCGAUGCACCGCGGCGCGAGGCAGCGAGCUGUGCCAGACGGCUCUGAGCCUGCAGGGCCGCUUCCGCCUGCUGGGCAACCCGCGCCACAACGACCUGUCACUGCGCGUCGAGCGCCUCGCCCUGGAGGACAGUGGCCGCUACUUCUGCCGCGUGGAGUUCGCCGGCGACGCCCACGACCGCUAUGAGAGCCGCCACGGGGUCCGGCUGCGCGUGACCGCUGCACCGCGGAUUGUCAACAUCUCGGUGCUGCCAGGCCCCGCGCACGCCUUCCGCGCACUCUGCACGGCCGAGGGGGAGCCCCCGCCUGCCCUCUCCUGGUCCGGCCCCGCCCUGGGCAACAGCUCGGCGGCCGAGCAGAGCCAGGGUCAUGGCUACCAGGUGACCGCCGAGCUGCCGGCGCUGACUCGAGAUGGGCGCUACACGUGCACGGCAGCCAAUAGCCUGGGCCGCGCAGAGGCCAGUGUCUACCUGUUCCGCUUCCGUGGCGCCCCCGGAGCCUCCACUCUGGCGCUCCUACUCGGCGCGCUGGGUCUCAAGGCGCUGCUGCUGCUUGGUGUUCUGGGUGCGCGAGCCACCCGCCGACGACUAGACCACCUGGUCACUCAGGACACCCCUCCACGGUCUCAGGCUCAGGAGUCCAAUUAUGAGAACCUGAACCAGAUGAGUCCCCCAGGCCACCAGCUGCCACGCGUUUACUGUGGGGAACUACUUGGCCAUCAUCAUCCAGUCGUGCACCGAGAGAAGUGAAGGACAGUACCAGGCUAGACCUGUAGAGCUCCUCCUAAUUCCCCAGGCUUCUCGGCAGCUAUGGGCCAGGCAACUUCCAAGGGGAUGCAGGACCCUGCUCACAGAGGUUCAGAGCCCUCCUGUUGAGUGGCGCCAACAGUCUGGAUGUGUAUAUGUAUAUGUGUGUGUGUGUAUAUAUAUGUCCACCUGAGCCUUAGCAUGAAACUGCCCUUGUUUUUUCUUACUUAGAACUAUAUAGUAAAGCAGAUGGGAAACUAGCCAUAAGGUCUGGAGGUCCAGGCUCCAGCCUACUCUGGCACCAACUUGCAGUGUAGACCAGGACACAUUCUUCACAUCUCUAGGUCUCAGCUUCUCCAUGACUGGCCAGUUUGUCUGAACUGAGGAAACAGUAGGUCCGAAGGAGCUGUGUGAACUGCAAACCUAUCACAAUGGUGGCCUCUGGACAUGCAGAAAUGAGGUAAAUGCAACACAGCACAGCCUUGGGAGAACAAAGCACUCCAGAGAACAACUCUGGGGCUGGAGCUGUGCAAACUGCUCAGAGGAACAGCAAACCCUGGAAACUUGGUAGCAAGAAGAGGCCUGGAGCCUCCUAAGGUCUCCACAGGGACCGUCCCAGCCUUCUGCCCAGAUGUGAUCAUGUCAACGGAUCCACACUGCUUUCAGCUGGGACCCACCAGGUGAAGGAAACUGGAAAUCCAUUGUCUCAAGCAUCUGAAGGCUUUGAGACAUAUGCCAAGAACUGGAAGGCCUGAAGGGGCACUGGGUUCUAGUGAAUAAGGCAGCUGUGACUCUGACCUCUCUUUCAGCGUCCACCCUCCAAGGAUGUGCAAAGUCCAAGAGCACCGGCACCCUCUCUCCACCUGUCUUCCAUCCCAUUCAGGUGAACUUCAAGAGCAGUGCUUUCCUUAUUUAUACUUCAGUAUGCGUUUGUUGAUCCUGAUGAAGAAGAGGUGUACUUGGGACCAAGUCAGCCCCAAGACAGGAGGCUAAAGAGACCAUGUUUUUCCAGGGAUCAUCUCUACAGGUUGAGGAAAGUGGGCUUCCAGGCUUUCCUUGACACCAGCAAGAGCUGUUAAGAGAUCACAAGAGUUGACAUUUGCUUGCAGAGGGGAGCUUUAGAGAAUCUCCAGAAAGAGACUUGCAUCCCCAAGGGUAAAGAUAGGGGCAUGGUUACGGUGUGGAUUAGCACAUCAUUGGCCAAGAGAAUUCUAUGAAUUGCUGAUUACAUACUUUGUUGUGUUAUGAAUUCGUAUUUGAGAUUAUGAAACUGGAGAUGACAUCAUCAGUCAGGGGGAGUUAGGCCGUACUGCUGUAACAAGCUCUAAAUCACGGUGGCUGAAAAUGGUAUUUGUU